AUGAAAGUUUCAUUUGAAGCUUGGAUAAUUACCAUAUGCUACUGGAGUUGGCCGUGUCUUGUUUCUUUGAAACAACUUACAUCUACUCUUGUGUUUUGCUUUUCCUCUUCAGGCAUAGAGGUCCCCAAAUAUGUUGACAAUGUGACUCCUCAGUACAAACCCAAGUUUGAUGCACUGUUGGUGGAGCUGAAACAAGCAGAACAGAAGUCCUUGAAAGAGUCGGAGAGACUGGAAAAGGAGAUUGCAGAUGUACAAGAGCUGAAGAAAAAGCUUAGCAGCAUGACUGCAAAUGAGUAUUUUGAGAAGCACCCAGAGCUGAAGAAGAAGUUCGAUGAUGAGAUCCGGAAUGACUAUUGGGGUUAUUGAUAUAACCCCAGCUGAUAUUGCCAAGUGAAUCUGCCUUUGUUGAGAGACUGCAAACGUCCAUUUUCAUUUUCAAUCUUCCUGCAUUUUUUCCUCUGAAAAUCCUUUUAAUUUUUCUGGGUAAGUGGCCUCAAAGCAGUUUCAAACUGCUAUUAGGUCAAUAAUAUCCACUUAUCAAGUGUGCGUACAUUGCGCAACUUGAAACUCAGAAAGAUUGUGAAUUUUCAUAUUUGAACGUGUAUCCUGGUGCGAGUUUUCAGCUGCUAAAGUCUGGCUGUUGAGAUUUAAGUUUACCAACAAGCCAAAUCUCAUGUUUCAAUACGAGUUUUCAGCAGGAAGGAUUGGUGUAGUUUUGCCAGUUGCCCUGAUGUUAGAUGUUCAGUCUUUUCUUUUUAAUCCUCUCUUACAGACUCAUUGUGGGAUGCAAGCAUGGAAGGUGAGUCCAUUCUGAGUUUCUGAGUAGCAACCUUGUACUGGCCCCAUUUUCAUAUCCACAGAUAUAGACACUUGGGACUCAAUAAAAGAUAUCUAGAUAAAGUUGCCUCAA